CGCCCGCCCAUGAGACGAGAAGACGGAGGCACAACACACCAGUCGGCUUCGUGUUCGUCGCCGCCAGCACUCUCUUCGUUUUACUCGACCCUCUCUUUAUCUAGUUUUAUAUUUUUCUUCUUUCUUUCGGUGUUUCGUCUCCACGCCCAACUUCCGAAAUAAGUGUGUGAAUAAGUGAGAAAAAGAAUAAUCAGAAAAAAAAAUCGAGGAAUUGAGGCGCGUGUGAGUGAAAUAGAGCAAUCGUCCCUCUUUUUGAGUGGUUACACGUAGGGCGUGAAGUGAGAAAACAAGAGAAAAAAGAAAGAAAAUAAGAAAUAAGGAGUGGCGAAAGAGAAACGAGAAGAUACCGCAAAGAGAAAGAAAGGGAGGAAAGUAAUCCGAAAGAGACAGAGAGAGAGCAAGAAAGAGAGAGAGAGAAGGAGAGGAAAGUGACACAGUGCCCGAAGCCAGACUGUGAUGGGAUCUGUUGACAGUGUGGAUGAGACGCACUAAGCUCAACUGAAGUGCGCGGCGCCAUUUGCAAAGCUUUAAAACAAAACGUCAAGUGAAGUGAUGCCAUUUGCGAGUGGAAGCUCUACCUCAGUAUUUUCGAUUCUGUAAUUGUUAUUAGGUUUUUCUUUCAUUAACUUUCCCUUUUUUUGAGUUUCGUUGCUUCGUCUUUGGUUUGGUUUUCGUAUUUCUUUCUUUUCGUGAGAUUCGAAUGACCCGGCUAUGACACUAGCGAAACGGAAGGGCAAUGCAGUGAAGAUGAAAGUUUCUCAUUCCUUGUCUUACACUUUGUUUCGUUCUGAUUAGGAUAGAUUCGGAAGGAUUAGAUCCCCCGAAAUUCCGCUUGGAAAGGUUUGGUUUGUCGGCACUCAAGUGAGAUCAAACCCCAAGUGCUGACUGCGUGGAAGCUCUCUUCGGAACACCAGCUCAGGUCGUUGUGCUGGAGAUAAAAGGGGGGACGAGAAUCAUAAGAGAAAAUCCACCUUUUCUUUCUCUCUCUUCCACGUGACCGCAGAGUCGAAAGCACGGUGCCAAAAUGUCGUUUCUUUUGCACUUCAGUAAUUAUCUCAUCGGCGGGAACGUGCCCAUCGACGACGGGGUCGAUAAAUUGAAUCGAAAGUACACCAUCCUCAUCCUCAUAUGCCUGUCGCUUCCACUCGUAACGAAGCAGUUCGCGGGUGACCCGAUCGAGUGCUUCACGCCCACCUAUUUCACGGAACCGCAAGCGAGAUAUGUGAACUCGUACUGUUGGACAGCCAGUACCUAUUACAUUAUCCCGGUGGACGUGGAGGACCGGGAGCAAGUGACGCGAGUGCAUUCGGUGACGUUCGAUGAGGAGGGCGGCUCCACCUCCAUCAGGGGCGAGCGCAUCAAGGUGAACUACUACCAGUGGGCGCCAAUCAUCCUGCUGGUGGAGGCCGGCCUCUUCUACAUUCCCUUCGCCAUCUGGAACUCGACGGCAAAAAAUUCUGGCAUCAAGGUGGGACGUUUACUAAAGAAGGUGUCGGUCAUCUCUCAGUACACGCCCGGCCACCCAGACCGCGACGCACUUAUCGCCGAGUUCCUGGACCAGUUUAAUACGCUGAUGGGCGUUUCAAAGUGCUGUCCAGGAACCGUCUGUAAGUUUGAUUGCGGUCUGGCUUGCGGCGGGAACCCUUCCUCUUCUUUAUUCAUUCUGUACAUGAUUGUGAAAAUCAUGUACGUGUUCAACAUCUUGAUGCAAUAUUUUUUGCUCACGGUGUUCCUGGGCAAAGGGUACUUGUUCCACGGGGUCGAGGUGGUCGAGAAGCUGAUCAACAAGAAGGAGUGGUGGACCUCGCCGCGCUUCCCCCUGCAGACGCUGUGCCAGGUGCUGGCGGCCCAGCAGGGCUCGCUCAGGACCUACACGUGCCAGUGCGUGCUGCCCAUCAACCUGUUCAACGAGAAGAUCUUCUCGUUCAUCUGGUUCUUCUUCGCGCUGCUGCUGCCGGUGACCAUCUACAGCGCCCUCAUCUGGGUGUGGCGCACCUUCACCUGCUCGCGCAUCGCCUUCGUGCACUACUACCUGUGGCGCACACGGCGCGUGGGCAAGGAGGACCUGUACAACAACGCGCGCAAGAUGGCCAUCCAGUACCUGGGCUGGGACGGCUGCCUGGUGCUGCGGCUGAUCGAGAUGAACCACGGCGGCACCAUCCUCACCAUCCUCACCGAGAGGCUGUGGGAGUUCUACGAGGGGCUGGAGCGCGCGCAGCAGGACGGCGGCGACCCCGAGGCGUUUCUCAGCCAACGGCCGCCCAUCUUCGCCUGCGGGCCCUUUCCUACCCAGGGGCCCCCCACGGUCACGCCGACGCCCACCGGGGCUUACGGCUUCUACGGGAAGCACUACCUGCCGGGCACGCCUGGCGCCUACCCGGGCUACAUGUGGAACCACCAGGAUAUGGCCACGCCAGGCUACUCCGGCUACCCCAGGAUACGCGGCAAGAUCAGGUAACGACCGCGUUGAGGCAGUAGCGCCGCCCGGGGACCGCCCUCCGCCUCCUGCUAUACUUGGCGCCUGAC